CCGGCCAAUGCUGCCAUAAGCGCACACUAGCCUCGAAAGGGGGAGUGGUUCGGAGCAGUUGGGUGGUGUGUUGGAACGGUUGGCCUCGCCCUCCCUUUUCGCGCCAUCCGAUCCCACGUUUCCUAUAUCAUCCCCACGCCUCCCCCACCGAGCUAACCACCGCACCGCCGCAUCGACACUCGUAUACUACUCUCCCCCCACCCCCACCUCGUUCCUUCCACUUGAUCACACGCCCAAGGCCACCACUUGAUCACAAGGACGAUGCCGAGGCCGUGGAGACCGGUGCUGGCGUCGGCGACCAAGUGCUGCGCGGCCGAGGAAGCCGUGGUGGCCGCCGACGGCCUCGCGCGCUGCCGGCCCUCGGGGUCCGAGCUGUCGCGCCGGCUGGCCUCCUUUCGGCGCCUCUCCUCCCUGGCCAACAGCCCGGCCUCGGCCACGCCGACGGACAAGGACGACAAUGGGGAGGCGGCGGUGGGGCCGCUGCAGCUGUACGCGUUCAGCCUGGGCGAGCUCCGCGGCCUCACGCACGACUUCUCCAGCAGCUACCUGCUGGGCGAGGGCGGGUUCGGCACCGUGCACAAGGGCUUCGUCGACGCAGGCAUGCGCCCGGGGCUGGACGCGCAGCCCGUCGCCGUGAAGCAGCUCAACGCCGCCGGGUUCCAGGGUCACAGGGAGUGGCAAGCCGAGGUCAUCUUCCUGGGCCAGUACCGGCACACGCACCUUGUCAGGCUGCUGGGCUACUGCUGCGAGGACCAGGAGCGCCUCCUUGUCUACGAGUUCAUGCCGCGCGGCAGCCUCGAGAACCACCUCUUCAGGAGGAUAUCGACGUCGCUGCCAUGGGGCACGCGGCUGAAGGUGGCCAUCGGCGCCGCCAAGGGGCUCGCCUUCCUCCACGGCGCCGGCACGCCCGUCAUCUACCGGGACUUCAAGGCCUCCAACAUCCUCCUCGACUCGGAUUUCACGGCCAAGCUGUCGGACUUCGGGCUCGCCAAGAUGGGCCCCGAGGGCGAGGACACGCACGUGACGACGCGCGUGAUGGGCACCCACGGCUACGCGGCGCCGGAGUACGUGGAGACGGGACACCUCAACGUGAAGAGCGACGUGUACAGCUUCGGCGUGGUGCUCCUGGAGCUCCUCACGGGCCGCCGAGCCUUGGAGCACGUCCGCGGCCGCAGCGCGCACGCGGAGCAGCAUGUCAAGCUCGUGGACUGGACCCGCCCCUACCUCAACGGCGGCAGCCGCCGGCUGCGCUGCAUCAUGGACCCGAGGCUGGCGGGCCACUACUCCAUCAAGGGCACACGCGCGGUGGCGCAGCUCGCGGCGCAGUGCACGGCCACGCAGCCGCGGGACAGGCCGCGCAUGGUGGCCGUCGUGGAGGCGCUGGAGCGGCUGCAGGGGCUCAAGGACAUGGCCAUCAGCGUCGGGCUCUGGCCCGCCGCCGAGCCCAUUGCCGGGAGGAACGCCAUCUCGGCCAAGAUCCGCGCGGAGGUCAAGGGCGCCAGCGCCGGCGUCGGGUCACGGCGGAGGAGUGCGUCCUCCAAGCUCCCUUGAGUCCUUGAUCGAUCGAUCGAUCGACCGACCGACGCCUGGGCAGCUACCACGUCGUGUACCGGAGUGUACGAAUCGUAUUGUAAUCUGUAUGCGCGCGCGCGCGUGUACACAGUAAGAUUUUUACGUGGUGAUCGAGCACUGCUAUUUAGUUUAGGUGCUGACCAUGAGAUCGGUGAGGCCGAUGAUCAUAUGCCUGCAUCAUCCAUGAUCUGUACGAUCCAUUGCUUUUCGCAUUUCAUGAUCGUUUUGCGAAUAUCACGAUACAAGUUUUUCAGUUC